CAGCAACCCGUGCAGAGUCUCCCCUGAACCGCCGAACAGAAAAUGACUCGGGCGAAUGGAACCGGAGGGACGAGCGACGGCUUCAUCCCCGUCCCGGAGGCGGCCUUGGUGCACCGCGAGCCGGCCGGCGGCGCGGAAAAGGCCCGGGAGGCCGAAGACCGGGUGUCCGAGCACGGGUCGCGGCGGGGCGAACUGGUAGACUUGCCGGGCGCGGCCCCGGACGGCGGCUGGGGCUGGGUGGUGCUGGCCGCCACCAUCGUGGUCCUGGCCCUGACCCUGGCGUUCCCGUCCUGCGUGGGGAUCUUCUACACCGACCUGCAGAACGAGUUCCACGCCUCCAACAGCGAGACCUCCUGGGUGCCCUCCAUCAUGACCUCAGUGCUGCACGCGGGAGGUCCCAUUUGUAGCGUGCUGGUGGAGAGACUCGGUUGCCGGGCGACAGUCAUGUUGGGCGGCGUCCUGAGCGGUGUAGGAAUGGCUGCCAGUUCGUUUACCCAGUCCAUCGAGCAGCUGUACGUCACCACCGGGGUUAUUACAGGUCUCGGCUUUUGCUUCAGCUUCCAGCCCGCCGUGACCAUCCUCGGCCACUACUUUGUGCGCCGCCGCGCCUUCGCCAACGCCUUGUCCUCCACGGGCACGGCGCUGGGACUGUGCACUCUGCCCAUCCUGGGCAACUACCUCCACACGGAGCUGGGCUGGAGGGGGAGCUUCCUCGUCUUGGGCGCCGUGCUGCUGAACUGCUGCGUGUGUGGCGCGGUGAUGAGGCCCCUGAGGGCCCCCGCGCGCCGCAGCCCGCCGCUGUUCAUGAACAGCGGCCCGCUGCCCCCCGAGGAGGAGGGCGCCAGGAAGGGGCGUGGGAGGACGCGGCGGGUGCUGAGCUGCGUGGCGGCUUCGCUGAGCAAACACAUGGCCUUCGACCAGCUGCUGCACAACCCACGUUACUGCGCGUACGCCGCGGGCAUCACCUGGAUGAUGCUUGGCUUCGUGGUGCCCUUGAUUUACCUGGUGCCCUACGCCACGGCCUACGGCAUGGAGCAGAGCCGCGCCGCGCUGCUGCUCUCCAUCCUGGGUCUGGUGAACAUCGUGGUGCGGCCGCCCUUCGGCGUUAUCUUCGGCAUGCCCUGGUUCAAGGGGCGACACAUCUACGUCUUCGCCUGGGCGCUGCUGGUCAACGGGCUCAGCAACGGCAUCUGCUGCGUCGGGCCCGGCUUCCCCGUCCUGCUGGUGUACGUGAUCGUCUACGGCCUCUCCAUGAGCGUGGUGGGCUCCUUGAUGUUCACCGUCCUCAUGGAUGUGGUGGAGAUGAGCCGCUUCCCCUCGGCGCUGGGCCUGCUCGCCAUCAUGGAGAGCGUCACGCUGCUCAUCGGGCCUCCAUUGGCAGGAGUCCUGAUUGACUGGACGGGACAGUACUUCUACGUCUUCUUCGCCUCCAGUGCCGUCGUUGCCUCCUCCGCCGUGUUCCUCAUGGUGGCCUUCUACUGGCUGGACACCAAGGAGAGGAAGUUGUCAGGGCAGAGUCCACCAUCCACGCCACCUGGGUCGGCCAGGCCCUCCGUGGACUUGGCCCCCGGCUGUGGGUACAGCAGCGUCCCCACGGAGGGGGACAAAGACAAGGCCUUGUUCAACGGGGCGGAGAACGUCACCGGCGUCUAAAAGCCGCUCGCACCGUGCAGAUUUGCGCCAGACGCCACGAGGUUUACUUGUUUUCCACGCGGGGGAUUGUUUGCGCUGUCUGACCGUAAAAGUCAGAUUCUACAUACCAAAAUGAUCAGAUGUGCACUUACAGCUACGACGCGAUUGUACUAUUUAUUGCCAAAAUGCUGCCGAUCUUAUCGCUGUGAUUACACAUCAAGCCAAGUUACACACGUGCUCCUUUCGUUGGAGCAAUCACUCAAUCAUAUUUUACGUAAGCUUUAAAGAUGAGAGCUACUACGAGAUGAGAGCUCGUAGUAGAGGUUAAGUUCUUAAAGUCUUUAAGAGAUAAAGUAUACGUCUGGUUUCCAUAUUUUUCAUACGUGCAAACCUUUAAAUUUGACUUCACACAAAUUUAUGUGGGAUGUUUGCCUUUUGAAAGUUGAACAGAGACGUGCAAGACUGAGUCUUUAAAACCAGGAAAAUAUAGAACAGCUCCAGACGUAUCCUUUAAAAUAUCAAUAACUAAAGACGUUUUACAUUAAGCUUUUAGGCUACUCUGUGAGAGUAGAAAUAGGAAAUUACAUUGUCAUCUUUAAUAUCUUUCAAAGUAGAAACAUGUAUUUUAUAUGUAUGAUUGCAAUAGAUGUUUGAAUCUGUUUUGUUUUCACUGUACACCAUGAAUAUCCAUACUUACUCUAAGCAGCGAUUUGUCCCUUUUAUUUUGUUGUAUUUGGUGGUUCUCACGUUCAUCCUCUGUAAUCGAACAGUGCCUUUCUGUACAACCGGUGCAUUUGAAACCCUUUUCGGGGAGGUAGAAGCAGAUGAUUGUCUAUGUUGCCAGCAGCACUGAGAUGUUUAUGAUACUGCACCUGAGUUUAUCUUCAGUCCCAAUCAGAGGUUUCUCACAGCCUUAUCUUCUGAUUAACAAAAAGUGCAAUGGUUUUAUGUCAGAAAUAAAGUAAAUAAAGUAGCUGCAAUGAGAAGAUUUGUUAGUAAUUUUUAGCGGUUUGUCUUGCUUUGGGCCAAAUUAAACUUUCUUAAAGUCUUUAUUUUUGUGUUAUGGUCGGGGGAAAAUAAAUGUUUGAAUAUCAAAGUAAA